UGUAAUGUUUUUUUUACUUUCUAAACUUGAUGUUUCCGCUCGGACUCCCGCCACCGAGUUUUAACGGCGCCGCUGCUGUUUGAUGCCGGAGCGGGAAGUUUGAACGAGGCUAGUUGCUGUUAGCCUUCAUGCUAACGGUCCACUGACAGUCAACAAAGCUGUUCACAUGAAAUUAAGUUAAGUUGAUUAAAACCGUGCGGAUGUUUCGUCAGCCCGCUUCCAGCUCUCACACACCCCGGGAUCUAUCUGGUGAUCUCAGUCCGGAUCAGUCCUCCUGUAGCUCGGACACCGGGGACGUUUUAAUCCGCUCUACCAGGGUUCUCCUCCCGGACCGGAGACACGAAACUGGACCAGGACCCGGAUCGGUCCAGAUAACUGUCCAGAAACUGAGGGAUCAUGCCCGCGUCCAGCCUCCUCUGACCGAGCAGCAGCAGCAGCAGCAGCGGCGGUGGCCUAAGCCCCGACAGAAGCCGAACACCGGUGCUACUCCACGGUCAGCGACAGACGGUCAGCCCGACAGGUGGACGCUGAAGGAACCUGCACAGACCAAAGAGAACAGAGAACCCACAGGAACACCUCCAACAGCAGAGUGGAGCCCAGACAGGAAGCUCUCCGCUGGGACACAGAGUGACCAGCAGCCUGGUCACGACCUCCUGACGUCACGUUUCGCCGCUGGAGGUCGAGGUGUCGUCCUCGCGGCUCUGAAACAACGCUCUCACAGCGCCCCCCACAGGCGGGAGAUCAAAGUGAAUCUGUUGGACCCAUGUCCACUCCAGACCAGCUCCCAGGAUGCUUCUGGUCUGAGGUCCAGUUCCCAUGAUGCAGUGGGUGUAUCAGGGGUCCAGAUGGAGGCGGGGCUGUCCUCUGGUUGCCUGGGAGACGGCACCAAUGCGGCAGCAGCUGCUGCAGCUGCAGCUGCAGCUGUAGCUGCUCCUCUCAUCAAGGUAGAUCUGAUCCCAGACCAGUUCACUGAGCUCUUCAUUCAGGAAGACGUCUCAGCUGUACCUGAAUGA